GCGGGGUUUUGUUAUAGCGGCGCUUCUGCCUGUGAUCACAGCAGCCACGAUGCUGCCCAGUAACGAUACCCAGAAUAUCGCCCGGUCCUUUUCAGGAUUUUUUGUGAUGGUCACAGACGAGCCAUUUGAAUAUCUGGAUGUGCAGGAGGGCAGCGGGUCAGGCUUUAAUGACCGAGAGCAGCGCCCAGUGGCUAAAAAGCACUACUACAUUUCUAAAGAGGCAUCUCAGUUCCUCACAAGUCAUCUGGCGACCGUGUUCAUCCCCACCGUCUACGUGCUCGUGUUCAUCAUCAGUGUCCCUCUAAACCUGCUGGCACUUUUUCUGUUCGUUCAUCGUAUCCGACCCAAAAAGCCCGCUGCCAUCUACAUGCUGAACCUGGCGUGUGCUGAUCUGCUCUUCGUGCUGCUGCUUCCUUUCCGGAUCGCCUACCAUUACAACGGCAACAACUGGAUCUACGGAGCUGGCAUGUGUCGCAUCGUCACCGCUGCCUUCUAUUGCAACAUGUACUGCUCUGUACUGCUGAUCACGUGCAUCGCCGUGGACCGCUUCCUAGCCGUCGUCUACCCCAUAGACUCACUAACGUGGCGCAGCCCCAGAACCGCUUCAGUCGCCUGUGCUGCCAUGUGGUUUCUUUCCAUCGGCGGGGUCAUGCCUCUGUUGGCUACAGAACACACCGUACACUUAGAUGACCUGCGCAUCACGACGUGUCAUGACGUCCUGGACGUCGAGCACCUCCGCGGCUACUACCUGUACUUCUUUCCUGUCUUCUGCUCGCUCUUCUUCUUCAUCCCUUUUAUCUUCACCACGGUGUGCUACAUCCGAAUCAUCCAAGCACUGUGCGCGGCCGGGGUGGGAAGCAGCACCCAGAAGUCCCGCGCUGUGGCCAUGGCGGCCACCGUGUUCAGUGUCUUCGCCGCCUGUUUUGCACCCACCAACAUCAUCCUGCUGACACACUACAUCGGCUUUGCCAACACGGGCGAAGAAGGUUCGUACGUCGCUUACUUAGUGGCCACGUGUGUGGGGAGUGUAAGCUGCUGCAUCGACCCUCUGGUCUACUAUUUCGGCUCGUCACGCUGCCAGAAGCAAAUUCUGACUUUCUUCAGGUGUCGCUCGGGAUCAGGAGACGGGCACUCGCAGCUCAGCAGCGGGAGCACAAGAUCCAGCAAACUGGAGGCUUUCAAAAGCAACCUAGGUGAUCAGUACAAGCAGCUGAUGGCAUGAACAUGAGCCAGUGAAAAAGGACUUAUGUGCCUCAUACAUACAUCCCUAACGAUAUGUCAUGUAUGUGCGAUGACCAGGGACCUUGACUUUUCCCUGUAGUGAGAAUAGAUUAGUCCACCUACAGCACAGGAGUAAUUGAAGUAGAACCAAUUACUAGACGUACAAAUACCAAAUACUGCACACUUUCCAUACUCCUAAUGUAAUGCUCUUAUACUAAAUAAUCCUAUUACUUCCAGACAUGUGGACACAUUUAGUUAAUUUAUUACUGAGAAAAUAUGCCAGCAAAAAUCGUCCUAUAAUACUGCACCCAAGCAUAAAUAAUCAUAAACAGAAAAUAUUCAGCUCCACACAAUGCCAAAAACGAUUGAUCUUACUAGUUUAAUGAGUUCAGGUUCAGUAUAUAAGCUUAGAUAAGAUAUUCUUUAUUUGUCAUAUAUACAUAUACAGGUGUACAGUACAAUGAAAUUCUGUCUUUACAUAUCCCAGCUCGUUUGGAAGCUGGGGUCAGAGCGCAGGGUCAGCCAUCGUACGGCGCUCCUGGAGCAGACGGGGUUAAGGGUCUUGCUCAACGACCCGACAGUGGCUGCAUAGCAGAGCCUGGAUUUAACCCGCCAAUCUUCCGGCUGAUAGCCCACUAGGCUACCACUGUCCCUAUGUUAGUAGUGUAUGGCCAGAAGGAUGCAAUUUAUCUGAGUAGUAGCAUCAUUAGUGUUACCAACAGAAUCUUCCGAUCUUUUUGAGUCUAUAGAUAGCAAAACAACAACACAUUCAUUGUGUUUCUGGUUAGAUUUGGUGUUUGUGUAAGUUUAUAAAAUGUACAGUUGCAUUAGUAUAUUUUACAGUUGUUUUACUAAUAUAUUUGGGGGUUUGGCUGGCUAUUAUCUGUAAUCGGAAAUUAUAACCUGUACUGUGACAGGAAUGUUUAGUUGGGGCUUAUUUAAAGAUUUAAAUUGACAUUUAAAGCAUUUAGCAGUAAUUUGUAUCCAAAGCAACCAGCACUUGUGACCAAAUACAACCCAAACAACAAUUGAGGGUCGAGGUCAAUGAUCCUAAGGUCACUAUAUACAGUGCUAUAAACAGUGACCAAGGGUCCUAACUUGAGAUUUGUACAAUUGUGACAAUACAAGGCAAGCAACAUAGGCCCAAUAAUUAGCCCAACAGAGGCAACAUCAUCAGUACUUUAACCUCUGAACCGGGCGGCACGGUAAAGAAGGCUCACAGCAAGAAGGUUGGAUUCCCAGGUGGAGCGGUCCGGGUCCUUUCUGUGCAGUUUGCAUGUUCUCCCCGUGUCUGCGUGGGUUUCCUGCAGGAGCGCCAGAGGUGAAUUGGAGAUACAAAAUUGUCCAUGACUGUGUUUGAUAUUAAAGACGUGAACUGAUGAAUCUUGUGUAACCAGUAACUACCUGUCCUGUCAUGAAUGUGACCAAAGCGUGUAAUAAACAAAUAGCCGCUAUACCACCACUGCCAAAUAAGUUCAAUGGAAAAGUUGUUCUAGUCUUAGUUGUUUGCCACAUCUUUAACAUAUCUAUUAUUAUUACUAAAAUAUCCAGCAAAAUGCAAAAAUAUAUGUGAAACACAAUAUUUUAAAGUUAUACCCAAACAAUCCUAUUUAAUUACCCAUCCACCACAGGUCAUUUCCCCAGGUUUAUUCAGACCCGAGUGAAAUUCCUCCCCACAUUGCACAGGUGGUUCUACAAAUGCAUAAUUGUACAACCUAAAAUCAGAAAAAGUUGGGACAGCAUGGAAAAUGCAAAAAAAAAAAAAAAAAAAGAUAUUUCAUGUUUUGUCUGGUCAACUUCAUUUAAUUUGUUAAUAAGCAUCCAUUUCUGCAUUUCGGGUCUUCAACACAUUCCAAACAAAGUUGGGACAGUAGCAUUUACCAGCAGUGCCGCCUGGGGGAUCGAAGAUCACUGACGUUUAGCUUAAGCUUGUGCCUUUGGCCUUUACGCCCCGAAAUUCCCCCUGAUUCCUUGAAUCAUUUAAUGAUAUUAUGCACUGUAGAGGGAGAAAUAUGCAAAUCCCUUCCAAUCUUUCUUUGAGGUUCAUCGUUUUUAAACAUUUCAAUCAUUUUCUCACACAUUUGUUGACAAACUGGAGAUCCUCUGAUCAUCUUUGCUCAUUAAUGACAUCACCUGUUUGGAAUCACAUUAUUAUUUAGUUUUUUCACCUCAUUACUAGCCCUAAAUUACCCCCGUCCCAACUUUUUUUGGAAUGUGUUGCAGGCCUGAAAUGCAGGAAUGGAGGUAUAUUAACAAAUGACAUGAAGUUGACCAGACAAAACAUGAAAUAUCUUCGAGUUCAAACUGUCUGCAAUCAAAUAAAAGUCAAAGUAAAUGUAAGGAACACUGUGUUUUUAUUGUAUUUGCAUUUUCCAUACUGUCCCAACUUUUUCUGAUUUGGGGUUGUAAAUAAAAAAUAUUAGUUUAUGCAGAUAAGGUGAAGGCUACAUGCAAGCUGUGUUUAAUCAGUAGCAUAUAAAACUAAUGGAAAUCAAUUUGUACUGAAUUAGAAGAGAUACACAUGCUAAUUUCUUAUCAUAGUGCAAGCCUGUCUGAUUCAGGUAUGAGCUUAGGCAAAAGGCUCCAUGAUAUGCUCAUUGGUUUGAAAAUAUUUACUGUAUGCAUGUGUGCACACUGCUGAUCUUUCUAAAUUGGAAAAUACUGUGGCAAACAUGAUAGUGUGUAUCGAAUCAUGAAGUUUGUGUAUCUGUAUACUUUUUACUACUUUUUACUUCCUAAUUUAGUGUAGGAAGGUCAGCUGAGAGUACAGAUUCAAAUGCACUCUUGUCUGUUUUAUUCUUACACCUUUAAUGUUAGUGUAAUAGUUGUACUGUUAAAUCUGUAUAAUAUUGUGUUUUACAUUUAUUAAUAAUAUCUAACAGCAACCCCUGAACCCCUUUCUAUAUGAAGUCCUCUCAGUACAGAAUAACAUGCUGAAAUUGUCUGUAGUAUUUGCUCAUAACUCAUUGUAAGACAUUGUAAAAUAUUCAUUUAACAGAUGACAUACCACUGUGUAAAUGUAAAUAUAAGCUUCUGCAUUUUUUCUAAUAAUGUCUAUUUUGUUACCUUUUUCCUUUUAGUAUAUUUACAGGAAUAUUUCAUACUAAAUACAUGUCAGAUAUUACAUAGUUUUCUAGGUUUAAGUGCUUAGGACUACUAUGUAUGCCGUUAAAGAGGACCAGCUGGCUGGACCAAGAAAUCACAUGCGGAAUUGUUCACACUAUAAACUGCACGAUCAUUAUUAAAAUUGUGUUAUGUAAGCUCAUGUAACCUACUGCUAACUGUGAUUAAAAUGAAAUCAAUAACUGAGAA